AGUUUCGGAGGGAUCUCGUAAUUCGUUCAAGUAAGAAAACAGUGCCGGCCCUGUAAAGUGUUGUAACCUUCAUAUCGGAUUUUCAGUAAUCUAGCCAGCUUUGAAGCGGUAUAAAAUUCCCGAGUAAAUUUUAAUUAUAUUAAAGGAAGAUGACUGAAAUUCGAGCAAUCCCACUGGGAGCAGGGCAGGAUGUAGGUAGAUCAUGCAUCCUAAUCGAAAUUGGGGGAAAAAAUAUCAUGCUUGAUUGCGGCAUGCAUAUGGGCUAUAACGAUGAUCGCCGAUUUCCAGAUUUUUCGUUUAUUCGAAAAUCUGGCGAUCUAACUCCUUAUUUAGAUUGCGUUAUUAUCAGUCACUUUCACCUCGAUCAUUGCGGUGCUUUACCCUACAUGACUGAAAUGGUCGGGUACAACGGACCUAUUUAUAUGACUCAUCCAACCAAAGCCGUCUGUCCUAUUCUUCUUGAAGACUACAGAAAGCUAACAGUGGAAAAAAAGGGCGAACAAAACUUUUUUACAUCUGAAAUGAUAAAAAAGUGUAUGUCGAAAUGCGUCGCCGUUAAUCUUCAUCAGACGAUUCAGGUAGAUAGUGAACUAAGAAUAAAACCCUAUUACGCCGGUCACGUUCUGGGUGCUGCAAUGUUCCAUGUUGAAGUGAAAAAUCAAUCGCUCGUCUACACGGGCGAUUAUAAUAUGACGCCGGAUAGACAUUUGGGAGCCGCCAGUAUCGAUAAAUGCCGUCCGGAUUUACUUAUUACUGAGUCGACUUAUGCUACAACUAUUCGAGAUUCUAAACGAUGUAGGGAAAGGGAUUUUCUCCAAAAGGUCCACGAAUGCGUGGAGAGAGACGGAAAAGUUCUAAUUCCAGUUUUUGCGCUUGGAAGAGCUCAGGAGUUAUGCAUAUUACUUGAAACUUAUUGGGAGAGAAUGAAUUUAAAAGUUCCUAUAUAUUUUGCGGUUGGUCUCACGGAAAAAGCCAAUAACUAUUAUAAAAUGUUUAUAACUUGGACUAAUCAAAAGAUUAAGCAGACAUUUCUCGAAAGGAAUAUGUUCGAAUUCAAACAUAUCCGUGCUUUUGAUCGAAGUUUUAUAGAAAAUCCUGGAUCUAUGGUGGUGCUAGCUACGCCUGGUAUGUUACAUAGUGGAUUGUCGUUACAAAUCUUUAAAAAAUGGGCCCCUUUCGAAAAGAAUAUGGUCAUUAUGCCUGGAUACUGUGUCCAAGGUACUGUUGGAUUUAAAAUAUUGAGUGGUCAGAGAAAAUUAGAUAUAGACGGCCAUCCUUUAGAAGUAAAAAUGUCGGUUCAAUAUAUGUCCUUCAGUGCGCACGCCGAUGCCAAAGGUAUAAUGCAACUAAUUGGGAUGUGCGAGCCAAAAAACGUUAUGCUAGUUCACGGAGAGGGUGGAAAAAUGCAGUUUCUCAAAGCCAAGAUCGAAAGAGAAUAUGGUACGUCUUGUUAUAUGCCAGCCAAUGGGGAGAUGGCAAUUAUCGACACAAAGACUAAUAUGGAAGCUAAUAUUUCUAUACCUCUUUUGAAACGAACAUUGGCUGUUGGAAAUACAAAAAAUGACAUUCCUGAACCUAAAAAAUGCAGGACAUUACAUGCAGCUGUCGUAAUGAAUAAUAAUAAAUUAACUAUUGUGGACACUGACGAAACGGUGAAUAAUGUAUUAAAUAAAAAUCUCCAUCAUAUUCAGUAUUCUACCUGCCUGCCUAUCCCAGCGAAAGAAAGUGCAAAAAGCCUGUUUGAUUUAUUAACGGACGUGCUACAAGAUGUAGUUGUUACCCACUCUGCUGACGGUACAAUAAGCGUCGACGAUGUUGACAUUCAUAUAGAGCAAGAGGAUGAAAGUUGUAAAAAAGCAAUGAUCAGUUGGCAACACGAAGAUGAACAAUUAGGUAGUUUUGUAUGUAAACUUAUUAAACAACACUGCAAAAGCAUAACAAAUGAGGAAGAAAACUAA